UGGGGAGCAAGCAGCAAAACACUGGGGGGGGAGCUGAUGAUUGUCAGGCGUACAGCUUUUAACUGUUCAGCGUCUAUUCUCAGACACAGCAUUUCCCCUUUAAGGCAUUGCCGCUUUAAGCUGUAGUGUUGCAAUGCAUGCUGGGAAUGUCCCACAUGGGUACUGUAUCGCUUGGGGUCAGGCUGUGCGGGUGUAAAGUAAACAUCUUAAUGUAAAAGGAUGAGAAGGGUCACACUGUCUGCAUGGAGGUCUGGCUUCCAGUGCCACUAAAUUGGAUAUAAACAGCUGGAAAGAUGUCCUCCCUGUUUCCUCAUUCUACUUCAAAAUGUCUGCGCUUGUGGAGACACACGAUUUCUGCCCAGCAGAGGCACCUGGCAUCUCAGAACUUGUUCGGUACCACUCUGUUUGGCCUUCACCACUUGCAGAAAACUGUUAACCCUAUGAAUAUUCUGAGUCCAAGGCAAUUUAGUUCUCAGAAGGAAAAACUUGACAUGAGUGAAUAUGCAGUUGACUAUAUAAGGAAUUUUUGCAUAAUUGCCCAUGUUGACCAUGGUAAAAGUACUCUUGCUGACAGACUGCUUGAAAUAACAGGGCGGAUUCCAAAAACAGAUUCAAAUAAACAAGUUUUGGACAAGCUCCAGGUGGAGCGAGAGAGAGGAAUUACUGUCAAGGCACAGACUGCGUCUCUCUUUUAUACUUUUGAAGGAAAAAAGUACCUCUUAAACCUGAUAGACACACCAGGUCACGUGGAUUUCAGCUAUGAAGUAUCUAGGUCCCUGUCUGCCUGUCAAGGUGUUUUGCUUGUGGUUGAUGCCAAUGAGGGUAUUCAAGCACAGACUGUGGCAAACUUCUUCCUAGCCUUUGAAGCACAGCUUUCAAUUAUUCCCGUCAUAAACAAGAUUGAUUUGAAGAAUGCAGACCCUGAAAGAGCAGAAAAGCAAAUUGAAAAGAUGUUUGACAUUCCAAGAAGUGACUGCAUAAGGAUCUCUGCUAAAUUUGGAACAAAUGUGGAGCGGGUUCUGCAAGAGGUUAUUACCAAAAUUCCCCCGCCCAAGAUGGAGAGAAUGAGCCCCCUAAAAGCUUUACUGUUUGACUCCACCUUUGAUCACUACAGAGGAGUUGUGGCUAAUGUUGCACUGUUUGGCGGGGAGGUAACCAAAGGCCACAAGAUUCUCUCCGCACACACGGGGAAGAGCUAUGAAGUCAAUGAAGUUGGUAUCCUGACUCCGGAAGAAGUGCCAGCAGAUAAAUUAUAUGCUGGGCAGGUGGGAUACCUCAUUGCAGGGAUGAAAGAAGUAAAAGAAGCACAAAUAGGAGACACUCUGUAUCUGCAGAAACAGCCGGUAGAGCCCCUGCCUGGGUUCAAAUCUGCCAAGCCCAUGGUGUUUGCUGGCAUGUAUCCUGUUGACCAGUCUGAAUACAAUAACUUGAAGGGGGCGUUAGAGAAACUGACAUUAAAUGACUCUAGUGUCACAGUGCAUCGGGACAGCAGUGCUGCACUUGGGGCUGGUUGGAGGUUGGGAUUCCUUGGGUUGUUGCACCUGGAAGUAUUUAACCAGCGCUUAGAGCAGGAAUACAAUGCGUCAGUAAUAAUGACUUCACCAACUGUUCCAUACAGGGCCAUCCUUUCUUCUCCCAAACUAAUUAAGGAGUAUGGAGAAAAGGAGAUAACAAUAGUAAACCCUGCAGAAUUCCCAGACAAGUCUCAGGUGUUGGAAUAUCUAGAGCCCAUGGUAUUGGGAACAAUCAUUUCACCGGACGAAUUCAUGAGCAAAAUCCUAUCUCUGUGUCAGUCACGAAGAGGAAUUCAGAAAAGCCUGGUGUAUAUCGACGAUCACAGAAUCAUGAUGAAAUAUCUUUUUCCUUUGAAUGAAAUUGUAGUAGAUUUUUACGAUGGACUAAAGUCUCUGUCAUCUGGAUAUGCAAGCUUUGAUUAUGAAGACGCAGGGUACCAGUCAGCUGACCUAGUGAAAAUGGACAUCCUGCUAAACGGGCGCCCCGUGGAAGAGCUGGUCACUAUUGCCCACAGGGAAAAGGCCUACCCAGUUGGAAAGGCAAUAUGUGAAAGGCUGUGCGAGUCCAUCCCCAGGCAGUUGUUUGAAAUAGCCAUCCAAGCUUCUAUCGGUAGCAAAGUCAUAGCAAGAGAAACAGUUAAAGCUUACAGAAAGAAUGUCCUGGCAAAAUGCUACGGAGGUGAUAUCACAAGGAAAAUGAAGCUGCUGAAGAGGCAAGCUGAGGGAAAGAAGAAAAUGAGAAAAAUCGGCAAUGUGGAAGUGCCAAAAGAUGCUUUUAUCAGUGUGUUGAAACGAAAACCAGACAAGUGACCGUACAACCCACUCGCCUCAGUGGCUCCAGAUACUGAAACUGCCAUAUGGACUGAAACAAAAGUAACCAGGGGAUCAAUAACCACUUAUCUAUCAUAUCCUUUCUUUGUAAAUCCGGUUCUAAAUUGAGCAACAGGAAAGAAAGGAGAACAAAUAAUUGCAUAUCGUAAUGGGAAGCAUCUUCAGAGCCGUUCUAGAAUUUUUAUGUUUUUUUUUUUUUUUUUUAAUAUGUGAAGGCCGCUGCACUGUACAGUAUCUGUAAAAGAGGUCUCUUUAUUAUGUACAUACCCUAUUAUUUACAUACCAAAUGCGCUUUUAUCUUUACUAAUAAAUGACACACCUUUCUGUUAUUCUCAGAGGUGUGUAGUACAUUCAGUGGGCUUAAUUAA